UGCAUUUUUUGCUUAAACUGGAAUGCUAGUUGCAUAAUUUUAAAUUAGUUAACAAAGAUGCCCCCAAGACUCAAUCAUUUUGAUCCUGAUAUAGCAUUAUAUACAUCAACAACUACCUUAAAAUUGCUCAUAAAGUUGGAAUUUGUCCCUAAUCGCCCCAUUUUACGGUACUCAAUAAUUUGUUAUUGAUAUUUGAUGGAUGUCAAAUCUACGUACAAACAUAGUAUUGCAAUUUAAAUAAAAGAACAAAAAAAUCCCUUUAAGAUUCUGGGUUUGCUAUGUAAUAUAUGGUGAACUUAACUACGACAGAGGAUUCAUUGAUAUUAUUCCUAUGUCUUUAACAAACAUAAUCCAAAAGCAAGAUAUUGUUUUUUUGUGAAUCUUUCAACGCAGUCUUCAACAGUAUCAAGGAAAAACACAUGAGAAUCGAAAAUGACUGAAGAAACAGAUGAAAGUGUAAAUAAGGAGAGUCAUUUCAUGAGCGUUUGGGUCAAAUGUGAACCAGUCAAUGGAGAGAACAGUGAAUUGUCUGAUGAAGAAAUCGCUCCUGUAGAGAAUUUACUGAACCUCCAAUUAGUCGAAAGCGAUAAGGACUGGACGAAUUCUAAAAGAAGAAAAAAUCGUUAUAAACCAACCAAACUAUUGAAAUGCGAUCAUUGCGAUUUUACGACCGUCUACAAAAACUCAUUAGCCAUGCACACUGUCAGACAUACAAACAUAAAACCGUAUACGUGUAAACAAUGCGAUUACGCUACCAAAUACACGUCCUGCUUGAGAAGGCACAUGAUAGUCGAGCAUAAAUGUACGGAGACUGGAGAGAAAAUAAUUACCCCCCUCAAAUGUGCUUUGUGCGAUUACACAACACUUUUCAAGGACAAUCUGAACGCUCACAAGCGAAAACACAAGUCCGAAAAGCGUUACCAAUGUGAGAAUUGUACAUAUUCAACUUCGUACAUCAACAAUUAUAAGAAACACAAAAAGAAGCAUUCGAAAGAAAUUGUCGAAUUUAAAUGUGACAAAUGUUCGUUUGUAACAAAACAUUCAGGUCACAUACACAGGCAUCUGUCUCAGAUACAUAACGAGAUAACGGAGAAAGCAAAGAAAUGUGAAUUUUGUGAUUUUACAACAAUAGUUGGAUGGAGAUUGAACAUACACAAGCAAAGGAGUCGCCAGAAUGAAGUCAUAAAGUGCGUUUACUGUGAAUACCAAACUUUUUAUAAAUGCGAAAGCAAGAAACACAGUAAUACACAUUUCAAGGAAAUCUACACGAAAAACUCACAUAGAAAUAAACAUAAUAAUAUUCAAGAACAAAAUGUAGACGAAACUUUGAGUUUGAAUCUCGGUGAGCAAAACCUUCCUUCAAUCACGAAUCAAACGAACCACAGCUCAUACAAUAUCAACUCCUAUACGAAUACCAGUAAUUACAGUCAAAACUAUUCGAACGCUGAAGAUUUUUUACCGAAAGAACUGUUAAAUUACACGGAGAUAUCAAAUGAAUUACCGUUGACUUACAGCACCCCAUAUUCAGAUAAAAUCGACAAGAAAACCAUUCAAGUAUUGGACUCUAAUGACAGAGAAAGACCAUUUGGUUGUUCUCAUUGCAAUUACAUAUCGAAAUUCAAGGCAACGGUGCAGAGGCACUAUCAAAGACACCACACUGACGACAAGCGCCCGUACCACUGCUCCAACUGCGACUUCAAAACGAAGACCAAAGAUCAGAUAGCGUUGCACAACAAACGCAGCGCCUCAUCCCUAGAAAUGAGAUGUCAGAAUUGUGAUUUCACAACGAAUUUCAAAUGCCAAUUCGUUAUGCAUCAGCGCUCCCACUACACGUUCAAAUGUGAACUGUGUAAUUACACGUGUAAGCAUAAGCAUGAGAUCGAGAAGCACGUGAGGACGAUUCACAUGGGCACAAAGCACCUGUGCAAGUAUUGCGACUUCAAAACUCCUAAAUUGGAAGCGCUGCUGUGUCACGAAGCAUUGCACACCGGCAACAAACCGUUUAAAUGCAAGUUGUGUGACUACCAGACUGUGAGGCUCUCCCUUUUGGACAUACACGUCAGGAGGUACCACAGUGAUUUGAAGGUAGUCAAACUUAUUAGCGAGAGUAAAGUGCAAUCCCUAAAGGUAUCCGUUCCACCUGAUGAAUGUUCGUGAACUAUAUCUAUUUUAAUGAUUGAAAGAUUACUGGGAGCCCGGAGGCCUUUCCAGUCUCACUAGGACAAGUGAGCGAGCAAAGGCUCAGCCACGAUGGGAUCCAUGUUUGUUAGAUGCCGAUUUGCCUACUACAAAGUAGAGAUCUAAGACAGAGUGUAUGUGUUAGUUCAGUGUACGUUGCCCAUAGUACUAUUUGUUUAUUUUGUCCAUGAAUGGUAGGGUUUGUUAGUGAGGUCUAUUAGAUUUAUAAGCAAUGAGCGUGCGACGUAAGGAGAGGAAGGGUUCUUUGAGUAGUGUACCUGCUCUUGUCCAAAACACUAAGUUGCCGGUCAGUUAUAGCUCACUCCCGAGUAGUUGAGUAACAUGUGGCUGUCUGUCUCUGUCUAUUUAGGUAGCCUUUGUUAAGAAUUUAUUUAUUGCAUGAUUUUUUUAUAGCAAUAUUGGUGAUUUGACGAUCCUAACCAUUUGCUUGAAGUAGGGUGUUUUUUAAUUGGCUUCGUGGCAUAGUUUGGUUUGAAUAGUGUUAAAAAAAGUAUCGCCUUUAAAACCCUUUAACUGUCAUGUAGGUUACCGGUGCCCUACGCGGCACACUGAAGUAAUUGUACUUUUAUGUUACUAAUCCAGGCAGAUUGCCUAGAUUUGCGAAGGCAACCUCCUCCUUUUUGAAGUCGGUUAAAAACUUCUUAGUUCUCAAUUCGACUAUAUGUUUUUUUAUGUUUGUUACCUCAUAACUUUUGACUAUGUGAAUCGAUUUUGAUGAUCCUUUUUUUAUUAGAAAGCUGAAGCUUCCCGUGUGGUCCCAUUACAAUUUAGUCCAGUUCUAAUGAUGGUAUCCAUGAGAAAACCAUAUAAGUCUUAAAUUUGCAUUAAGUACGUGCGCGACAAAUAGAUGAAUAACUCAAUAACUCAAUAUCACGCGAACCGAUUUCGAUGAUUAUUGUUUUUAGCGUAUAUUAAUUUGUUGUGGAAUAUAUUUUUUUUCUAUUUGAAGUCGGUUUUUGUUAAAGCAUAAAAUAUCUAUUUACAAUUAUGUUUGUUAAUGUAUGUUUUAGACUUUUAUAUACAGAAUCUAUCUAUAUCUUAGAAAUAGAUUUAAUCUCAGUAUCGUUCGGAUUCUUCUUUCCUAGAGUCUAGUAGACAUUCUGUUGCCUUAGUAACAGAAAUCGACAUAAUUACUUCAGUGCGCCGCGUAGGGCACCGGUGACCUACAUGCGGGCUUACUAAGAGUGUCCAAUAAAAGUGAUAAUGAUUAUGACGCAAUUAUGUUUUUUUGAAUAUAUGUCAUUUUAUUUUUCGGCGCGGUCACCUAUCAGGUUCAAACACUUUGUGUAUCUUUUUUCUGAAGCUAAAAUUUCCUUUUUAAAGAAUCUUCUUCCUGAUCGCCUAAAAAUUACCUCUGCGACUAAUGCGUCAAUAUUUUCAAAUUUUAAGGCCCCUGAGAUGUUUCUUUGGUUGCGGGAAUAGGUAGAAAUUACUAGAAGCUAGGAUCGGUGAAUAUGGAGGAUGUUCCAUCAAUUCCAAGCCAACUUCUUGAAUGGCAGCCAUCGCCGAUGCGCUAUCUUGAUGAAACAAAACCUUAGUGAGCUUUCCACGCCGUUGCUUGCGUAUUUCCUCACGCAACUUUGAUAUUUGUUCUGCGCACUAAGUCUUUGCAAUAGUGAUGCUGAUUAAGGCAUUCGAUAAUUAUCACCCCUUGGCUGUUCCGAAAAAACAGCUAUCUGACCAGCGGAUGGAAUCGUCUUAUCCAACUUAAGAUCGAGUCAUGGACAGGCUUAGGGACCCUGGUAACCAUACUCCGUCGAAAAGUCUGACGUGCAGCCUAACCCAUACAUCAGUCCGCUGAGUUUCUCGCCGGAUCUUCUCAGCGAGUCGCGAUUCCGAUCCGGUAGUAGAUUCAUUCUCGAAGCAGCUGCACUUGAGUUGUUAGGUCUCCUUUGGAGGCGCUCGGGCAGCUGAUAGCAAAUCCCACCCCUUCUGGUUGAGUCCUUGCUCGUCCACCGGUCCUGGCGAAACUGGUAAGGCCACCGGGCCACCAGUAAUUCUUCAACCAUAAAAAAAUAAUGUUGAAGCCAUGUUUCGUCCAUAGUUAUGAAUAGAGCCAAAAAUCGGUACCAGAACCUAAAUCCAAAAUAGCUUUGCGAAAUCCUCAAUCUCGUUUUUUGUGCGCGUCAGAAAGCUUUCAGGGCGACUGGUGAGCUGACACUUUUUCUCACACCUUCGUGUAUAACUUCUUAUAGAAAUCUUCAUUUCUUCUGCCAUAAAACGAACAGUAAGACUACGCCAAGCCAAUGUUUUAACUUUUUCAAUCAUUUGCUCACUCACUACCGAUGUAUGACGUCUCUUGCGGGGGUCGUCGUUAAUGUUAGUUCAUCUUCGCCUUGAACUCAGCACACUAACGCGUAACCCUAGAAAGUGGAUGAGCACGCUCUUACGUUGCUCUUAAGUCUCGAUUUACCAGCUCCGUAGUAAAAAAAAUUAAGCGCAUUUUAUUUUAUUGCUUAAGUUGGUGGACGAGCUCACGAUCCACCGGGUGUUGAGUGGUUACCGGAGCCCAUAGACAUCGUAAGACAUCGACAGACAACGUAAGUGCCGCCACCUACCUUGUGAUUUGAGUUCUAAGGUCUCAGUUUUUACACUACAACGGCUGCCCCGCCCUUCAAACCAAAACGCAUUACUGCUUCACUGCCGAAAUAGGCUGGGCGGUGGUACCUGCCGUGCGGACUCACAGUAGUAGACACCAGUAAUAAAAUGUUUUAUUACAGCGCGAACUUCAACUGUAUAAAUUUUUAAGACAGACAAAAAAAAAAGAUUAUUUCAUUUACUAUUAUUGCACCUAUCUAAAGUCUGGACUAUGCCCGCCAGUUUUUAUUUAUUUUUCUUAUCAAGGAGAAUGUAUCGCAUUAUCACUAUAUAUUGAAAACCUCACGUAGCCCUCUCAUAAAAUCAGAUCUAAUAAAUUAUCGAAACGUAUUUAAUCGAAAUAUCGAUCUGUCAAAGUAACUUAAAUUAGAAGUGGUAUUUUUUUUUUUAGGUAUAGUUAAAAUAAGUUAAAAUAGUUAUAGUUAAUAAAUUAGUAAUAGUUGAAUACUAAGUGAUAAUUUAUAGGGCAGUUACGAGUAUUUUGAAGCAUAGAAUAGUAAUGGGUUGAUUUAAAUGAUUUUGUAAAUACAUAUCUACAUCCAGAUUAUAUUAUUAUUAAAGUUAUAUUUCAAAAUAA